AUGCGGACCUAUGCUACACUCUUUAUUCGCUUGUGCCUUUCAGGUGAACGAAAGCCGCUAGACGAGAACAGACCCGACCGGGAGCUUGGGCGAACGGCUCGCCCCGCUAUCCUGUCAACUACUGGAACGCUUGGAAUGAAGGAGGAUUCGAAAGAACCACAUUCUAAUCCAGACACCCAAAUGGGAGAAGACAUAAGAAUCGGUGAUCUUCAGGCAUAUGACGUGACUGCAAUGAUGACAGUUAUAGCCGUAUGUUUAGACAGUAAAUAA